CAGCCUAAAUCCUCCUAUGCCCAUUCCUCUUCCUUGGGCACCGCUCUUUGUCUCUAAUGGCGAAGGCGGUGUUUCGCACCCUCGUAGCUAUUGCCUUCAUCGUCCUGAUCAUCAUGGUCUUCCCCUCCUCACAACACGGUCGAGACCGCCGUGGCCUACAUCGUCGUCUUGGGCACAACUUUCCUUUUUCUACUUUCGAUCCUCUAGUUGCUAAAAUUGAGAGGUCGGCCGAAAAAAAUGAACUGGGUGGCCCCGUUAAUCCACUGAAUCUCGAAGAUGUUUCCCUCACCGACGAGGUUGCAGAAGCACGCGAAUAUUUUAGUGAAGGAAAAUUGAACGUAACAUUGAGGUUGAUGGUCUUGUUUCCUUUCUUAGACACGGAACCAAAUGAUGGGGUCGUUAGUUUCAAGGAGCUAGAGGAUUGGAUUGCACAACAAGCGCAUGACAGAAUGAAUUAUAGAACAGAGAGAGAGUUGGCAUUGCGUGACAAAGAUGGUGAUGGAGCCAUAUCUUUCAUGGAGUAUCUACCUCAUUUUUCCAAUGAAGAUAUAGAGAAAAAUGGCAUGGAGCAUGGUGAAGCUGGAUGGUGGAAGGUGCAACUUGAGAAUGCAGAUGCUGAUCAAAAUGGAUCUCUUAGCUUUGAUGAAUUUAAAGAUUUUCUGCAUCCGGAAGACAGUCGCAACGAAAAAGUUCAAAACUGGAUUUUGAGAGAAAAGAUCAAGCUGAUGGACCAGGAUGGUGAUGGGAAACUCAAUUUUGCAGAAUUCCUUGAUCAAGCAUAUGAUAUUCUCAAGAAUUAUGUUUACUUUGAAACUGCGGGGGCUUAUGUACCCACAGCCGAAGAGAACUUUGCAAUGCUUGAUGUGAACAAUGACAAAUUCUUGGCAGAGGAAGAAUUGAAACCCAUACUCCAUUACCUUCACCCAGGAGAACUGUCAUAUGUAAAAUAUUACAGUAGUCAUCUAAUUCGGCAGGCUGAUGAUAACAAAGAUGGGAAUUUAUCAAUUGAUGAGAUGCUCAAUCACGACCAUAUUUUCUAUAACGCAGUCUACAACGAAAACAAUGAAGAUCUUGAUGAAGAUUACCAUGAUGAGCUUUGA